AUGUCUGUCAUACUCUCAUCGGACCCGGACCUCCGGUUACCCUUGCUACCUUCUUUAGAAGAGCCGGCGGGGAAACCCGGGCAGGGACCGGAACUUCGGAAGCUAACAAUAGAUGACAUGUUACAAAGACACUGUGGUGAAUUUGGGACAUGGCAAUUACGUCACUUUGUGUUAACAUGUUUGGCUUGGGCGCUUGAGGCCUUCCAUACUAUGGUGAUGAUCUUUGCAGACCGGGAACCGGACUAUAGGUGUUAUGGGCCGGGUUGUGACGAGGGGGCUACGAGUGUUUGUGGGUUCGAACCGGGGUCGUGGGAUUGGGUUGGUGGUGCUGGGAGCUCCACGGUGGCUCAGUGGGGGUUGGUUUGUGGAGAGAAAUAUAAGGUUGGGUUGGUUCAGGCUGUGUUCUUUGGUGGCUGCAUGAUCGGUGCAGGAGUAUUUGGACAUCUCUCGGACUCCAUGCUAGGAAGAAAAGGCUCUUUAAAUGUAGUAUGCUUGCUAAAUGCCUUGUUUGGUUGCUUAACAGCAUUUGCCCCAGACUACUGGACCUAUCUCCUACUUCGUCUGCUCACCGGUUUCAGCACUGGUGGCGUUGGCCUCUGCGCCUUUGUUCUUGCCACUGAGCCAAUAGGACCUGCAAAACGUGGUGCGGCUGGCAUGUCUACAUUCUAUUUUUUCUCAACUGGAAUAGCCAUACUCUCAGGUAUAGCUUACAUUUUUCGUUCUUGGCGGGCACUGUACCUUGCCUCGUCUAUCCCCUCCAUCCUGUUCCUUGUCAUUGUUCUUCCUUGCAUCUCUGAGUCCCCACGUUGGUACCUUGUUCGUGGGAGGAUCAAUGAAGCAAUGAAUUUAAUGCGGACCAUUGCUAAAUCUAAUGGAAAACACCUUCCUGAUGGAGUUAUUUUGGCCCUUGACGAAGAUGUAAAUGAAAGUUCUGUCAAUGAACAAAGUGACAAGCAAGAAACUGCAACAAAAGAAGCAAUAACAGGUUCUGUAAUUGAUGUAAUUCGCUCCCCGAUCACCCGUAUUCGUUUGUUUUUAGCAGUAGUCAUUAACUUCAUGUGCUCAGUUGUCUAUUAUGGCCUUAGCUUAAACGUUGUCAACCUUGAUACCAACCUUUACCUCAAUGUGCUGCUCAAUGCCGUGGCUGAAAUGCCAGCAUUUCUUAUAACAGCACUUUUGUUGGACGUGUUUGGAAGGAAACCAUUGACAAUUGGGACUCUAUGGUUCAGUGGCAUUUUCUGCUUUGCUGGGUGUUUGACGGGAGGUGUUGGGAUAUGGAAAGUGGUGAAGAUGAUUUGUGGAGUUUUGGGUAUUUUUGGGAUGGCUGGGACUUAUAAUUUGCUGUUUAUAUACACAGCAGAGUUAUUUCCUACAGUUGUUAGAAAUGUAGCUCUUGGUUGUGCAACACAAGCAGCACAAAUGGGGGCAAUAUUGGCACCCUUUAUCGUGGUUUUGGGAGGUUCAUUACCAUUUGCAAUUUUCGCAGUUUGUGGUUUGGCCGGAGGAUUACUUGCGUUUUUCCUGCCAGAGACGUUAAAUCGGCCACUCUAUGACACGAUCUCUGGAAUGAAGGAAGGAGAAGGUGUGUAA